CAUCGGGAGCCGCUGACGGCUGGCAUGGCGGGUCAGAGAGAACCGACCGCGUCAUAAUGACGGCACGCAGCGUUGAGGUCGCUUUGCUGACGUCUGCUGAGAGUAGGCACUGCUAGAAAGACGAGGCGAAAGAAAGUCAGAUAUCCGCUGCUUUGCUGGCGGCAGGCUUCACUUCACUCAGGCAAGCUACAGGGAGGGGAGCGGAUUGCGAGCAGUUUCACGGAAUGAGCUUCAUUCGACGAGAAUUUCGCGUGUUCGCGAGACGGGAGACGUCUCUCUGAGAAAAAGCGCGAUUUCAUCCGUUUUCCCCCUCCUGUGGCCAUCCUGCUCCUUCCUCUGCUCAUCCUUUCUCUUUGGGCGGCUUCCGCAAACGGCUUUCUCUUUGGGGCGCCAAUUCAAAAUACGCCCACAGGUAGACCUACCGAUGGUGGCCGCCGGCGUUUCCGAAGCUGCUGAGGAAGCCCCAUGCUGCGUGUAGUGCGCACAGCGCACAGUCGCGCCCAAGAGCUGCACCUCUUGUGCCGUUCCCCGCAACAGCAAGAACAGCCGCUACAGCAGCAGCAGAGCAUGGGAAUCCUAUCGCGCGGCGAGGGAGAGGGAGGGGGAGUUGAUCGGGGCGAGGGACGAGGUCGAGGACGACGAAAUCGGGGACCAGGAGCCCGCUGCUCUCCCACUGUCAAAGACCAGCGCCACUGCCACACUGCUCGAGGGGCGAGGAGGUGACAAAGAGGACGACUGGUGCGGUGAUGUUGGCGAUGAGGAGACCGCCAUCCCCCCAACGAACACCAUCGCCACCCACUGCACCAGCAUGAGGCCCAGCAAGGCCGGCGACAGCAGCAGCAGCGGGGACGGAUCAGGAGAGGAGACCCCUGUGAUGCUGAAAGAGGUGCGAAUACCUGCACACAAACACCCAACGCACGCUUACCCAUUCGACGUCUGUAUUGUCCUUUCUACAUAGGUGAUGGCCGCAUCAUCGCCAAAAGAGUCGACGCUAGACUCACCACCCCUGCCGUCGCUCCUACUCAACUGCCCCUCUCCCAACUGGUCAGCCAUCGACGACAUGGGCACACCCCCAGCCAUGUUCGCAUCCCCAUUCACCGGCGCCUUCCCUCCCACCUCCCCAUGCAUGUAUUCUCGCCCUUCGGCCCACGACCAUGGGAGGUGCUUGCACCCAAGGGACCCCCCGUGCCUCUUGCCGUCAUGCCGGGCGACACGGUCCCGCUCGGCCAUGGGGUGGAGUCCGAGUGUGAGCGCCUGUUGCGGGGCGGGAGGGGGGGGUAUAUGGUGGCGGGGGGCAUCUUCAGAGAGGGCGAGAGGCCCCAGCCUUCAUGAAAUGGGUAGCGACAGAUCACCGGGAUGCGGGGGAGUGUCGGGUGAGGGAGCUGUGUAGAGAUCUUGAGUUUGAGGCGAGCCAGCUGCG